AUGGCGAGCUGGCGAGGUUCUAUGAGGAAAUCUCCCAUCGCAAACACAGCGGUUUGGGUUGAUCCUGCUGUACAAAAGAUUCGGACAGAAUGUUCUGCUCCUGAACUGGCGUCGAGACUGAAGGCCGCGGAUCUCGAUCUCACUCGAAACUGCAAGUCUACAGCGAAGCUCUUUGCCAACACGUUUUGUGCCUACAAUGACGACCGAAACACUUUCCUCUAUCAUAAGGAUGAAUAUCGAUGGAACUCGACAAAGAACCCACCACCCAUCGAUCAGUCCUCUCUACUAGCUAGCAUUCGGGACUCUUUGCCACCGACCUUUGGUGACAUUUCGGAUGUUGUCCUACUUACCUGGGAUGAUAUUGUUAUCGAUACACUCGAUGAUGGUCAAAUUUCUAAGAUCUGCAAAGAGUGCAUUGACGAGUUCUGUGCUGCUGCUGCCUUUACUGGCGAGCCUGAUGUAGCUGGGCAAGGUGCAAUUGUGUCUUAUAUUGUUGGCGUCACUCUAGUCGCAACCGGUGCCCUGGGUUGGUUGCUAUCUUUUACAAUCAGCUUCAAGCGGACAUGUAUGCGACCCCUAUGGACUGCAGCAUAUUCUACUGGCCAAGUUCUACUUAGCUGUUCUGCUGGCCUUGCCGCAUCACUCACGAUAGCAUGCCUCUUCUCAUUGAAACGGACAUUCUACCAACAGGUCAUGACUCAAAAUGCGACAUUCCUAUCUUUGAAUAUCUUUAGACUCCUCUCAUACUUCCUCUAUCAACUCGCCUCACCUGAAGGCCAGAAACCUACUGCUAAAUGGCCCGUGAGUUAUGGUAUCCUUGUGAUAGUCCAGCUCUCUAUUGCAUAUACCUACCUGCAAAGCAAACAGGAUCUUUUCCAGGACUCUGGCGACGGUCCAUGCUUCCGCUCUCUAAUGGGCCGCUCCGCUCUGAGCAACCCUCGUUUCUACGCCGCAGCUUUCCUCGUGCCAACUGCUCUAGCUGGUCUCCUCAAUGUACUGGACUUGGUUUUGCUGAUACCCCGCCUAGUCAGUCGUAGCAGACGAGGAUACUUUCCGCUGCAAUCAGUCGCCUAUCAGAUAGCGUUCAGUCCUUUCGAGCCUCCUUCCCGCAGCGAGCAUCGGGUAGGGACAUGGCCCAUCUGGGGCAUUAUAGAGGACUACUUUGCCAGAAUAUGCGAUACAGCUACGCCUGCUAUCCUAUUCUGCUUCGCACUUCUGAUGUGCCUCGAAAUGAGUUACCUGCUGAGGCUGAGGGCAGCUAUGCAGAUUCUUGCUGGGGAUUGGUGGACCGAAGGCGAGCUUGGAUUUGGUCAAAUACUCGCUCUCUUGCUUUGGUUGCCUGUGCUUCUCGUCUUUUUCAACACUUUGAUUACAGAGGAAUGGAAGCUCGCCAGAAAACACUUUGAGCCAUAUUGGAUGCGGUGGAUAGAUAAGCACAGGUAG